AUGAGAAUUGGAAGUAGUAAUACAAGGAACAGCUCACCGGGCUCAACUCCUCGAGCCCGUGGCCAAGCAUGUGAAAGAUGCUGGAAGCGAAAACAAAAGUGCGAUCGAAAAUUGCCCGAAUGCACGGCUUGCGUAGUGGUGGGCGUGCGAUGUGUCCCUCGGAAGUUCCCUGUCGAUCCAAUCACGAAGAACGGCGGCAAUUUAUCCCAUGCCGCGGUUCCAAGUUAUGUAGGAACAUUGAAAAGAAAGCGCGAUGACUUGCAGGGUCGCAUACGAAGCCAACGACCAUGUCCAAAUAGCCAUUCACCUACCGAACAUUUAGAUAACGGUCAACAGGCACAUUCAGAAGGAAGUCUCGCCGACCAAAAUGCUGCGGAAAACACGGUCCAGGCCGCGAUGGGCGAGAUCGGAUUUUUGUCUCGCAGUGCCAUGGCAGAACCUCGGGAUGAGACUGGUGGCCUUUCUCAGCAGCUUUCGAUUGGACGUAUGCUACGACUUACUUUGUUUCUCAGCGGAGCAAAUCCAGCACAAUCAGUCAUAGAUCCUCAUGGACAGAGUGUAGCGGCGAUGGUCGACUCGUCCAUGAUAUCGAACAGAUUGUUAGUUCUGCCGUUCAUUACUCGCUUUGUCGACACAAUAGGAGUGCAGUUCCUUCACAUUGAUUCGAAAGAAAUCCUGGGUGACUUCGAGACAUUUUUCAAGGCAUCAGAAGAUGCAAACAGUGAUGUUGGCUGCCUCUCAGCCGUCAAAAGCUUCAACCUUUACAUGUCUAUGGCCACUGGCGCGCUACUUUCUCCGGGUUCGAGUGGUCUCCAAGGUCUGGCCAGUAGCUAUCAUGCUACUGCUAUGAAGCUUUUCCCUGGAAUACUUGAUGACGGAACAAGACUAGACAUUCUGCAUUGCAUGCUGUCACUCAUCAUAUACUCAAUGCACAGCGCCUUUGGUGGGUCUGCAUGGCACUUGACAGGGUUGGCCAUGAAAAAGGCAAUCGCUUACAGGUUCCACAAAGAUGUGGAAGCUGAUGCUCAAAUCUCCCUUGGAAUGUUGAACACCAGGCGCAAUGUCUUCUGGAGUCUUUACACCCUUGAUAGAACCAUCGGUACAAUAAUGGAUCGACCAUUCAGCAUUGAAGAUGAAGAUAUAACAGUGUUGGGCCCGGAAGAAUAUCAGAACGCCAUACCAGCCAGGGAUUGCGAUCUAAAUCAAGCUCUUCAUUUUGUCUCGCAUGCAAGGUUCAUGUCAAACAUUCGAGACGCCCCUUCCAAGAGUGUCUUGUACCAUUAUAGUAACUUGUGUUAUUGGAAGGACUGCGCUGCUGGGCGUGAUCCCGCCGCCAAAUCUCCGGCAGUCCAUAUCAUGCGUCUCUCAUGCCGGGCGAUUAUCGAAAUUCUAAAACUCAAAGGAUCGAUAACUGUCGAACCCAAUCUGGUUCGCAGUGCCAGCAGCAUUGAGAAGGAUUUCAUCAAGGCUUGUGUGGAUUAUAUUGAGGAGGAGUAUCAAAGGUCCGACCGUGGUGAAUUUGCAGGAGGCAUUGUGGAAGCAUAUGACAUUUUCAACGCCGGAGUGAUAAUCGUUUGUCUGACUGCAGGAAAGCCACUAAUCCCUCUACACGACACCAAUAUUGUGAACAAGUGUACUGCUUUACUCACACUUCUUGGGGAACGAUUUUCUGGCCUGCGGGUCUUUCGCCGUGUGCUUUGGGCCCUCUCGGGUUUGGUUCGAGGCGAGACAGUGAAUGACCCCAUCAUCCGUGACCUUCCCCCAGUAAUACCUGAAGGGAUUCGAGAGUUGAUCUCCGGAUUCAUCUGA